AUGUCCGAUGAAUUGGAUAUCAGCGCUGCACUCGGAAACAAGACGCCAGUCAAGAAUACGCGCAAACGUAAAUCAACUUCGAAAGAAGAAUCAGGAGAGGAGAGUCCAGAGAAGACUGAGUUUCCUUCUGUGUUCGGAGCAAUCGGAACUCCGAUGGCAAAAGUUGAAAAUGCGAAAGAAUGGGAUGAGUGGAAAGAGAAAGAAUUGGAGAAAGAAAGAAGAAAAUGGAAGAGAUAUUUGAGAUCAAAAUGGGAUUUGGAACAGGAUAAGUUGCCGAAAAAGUCGGAUUCGAAGCACUAUUUGGGAAGACAUGAUCACUAUGCGAAUAUCAAAAAGGCUAGGGAGGAAGUUGCCGAUGGUCUGGAUGCAAUACACGAGAUGAAUUUCAACGUCGGAAAAGGAGCAGCCAUCAAUAUUCAAGUCAAUGGGAAGGAAAUUCCAAAGAAGAAAACGAAGAAGUUUGCAGCUGCUGUUGAAAAAGCCCUUGCCGAAAUGGGAAAUCCAUCGAUAAACGAGAUGUGGACAGACGAUAUGGAUGAAGAGGAGAAGAGAGCUGAAGCUAAAUGGGCGAGAAAAAGAGCAAAGAAAGUGAAGGAAUUGAGAGAAAUUGAUGCGGAUAUUCAGGAGUUUGAAGAGAAUGACAGAGGUCGCCUGUUUGUUCCAUGGGAUGAGUAUUGUCGAGAGCAGGAAGAGAAGGGAAAAGCUGAUAAGAUUGGAGAGAAUCAUUAUAAAAAGUGGCUCGAAAAGAAGAUGGAUGAGAAUAAGGUUUCUUCGAAAUUCAAUGCUUAUCAGUUGGAUCUCAUUUGUCUUGAUGAGGAUGCGUUCAAGGACAAAAAAUCGUUGAAAAGUGUUGUGAAGGGUGUCCAAAACUUCUACCGUAAAAUGCGUGGACCAAAAAAAGACUGA